GAAGGAAGUAAGAGCGAGAGAGGCAUGUAAUAUAUAUGGAGUCUUCUAUCUAUAUAUAUAAUCCAUAAAGUAGAUUCAUAUAUCGACUCUUUAUUCAGAUCAGAUCAAUUCAUAUUGGUUCUUCUUAGAGAAAAUAGAUUAUCAUCAUCAUAUAUUAAUGAUGGGAAGGCCACCAUGUUGUGAGAAACUAGGGAUUAAAAAAGGACCUUGGACUCCUGAAGAAGAUAUCAUCUUAGUUUCUUACAUUCAACAACAUGGACCUGGGAAUUGGAGAUCUGUUCCAACCAAUACUGGUUUGAUGAGAUGUAGUAAGAGCUGCAGACUUAGAUGGACAAACUAUCUUCGACCAGGUAUCAAAAGAGGUAACUUCACAGAUCAUGAAGAGAAAAUGAUUGUUCACCUCCAAGCUCUUUUGGGCAACAGAUGGGCUGCUAUAGCUUCAUAUCUUCCACAAAGGACAGACAAUGACAUAAAAAAUUAUUGGAAUACACAUUUAAAGAGGAAGAUGAACAAAGAUCAAAGUAGUACUGAUGAAGGUGUUGAUCAAGAAUCUCGUUCGCAGCUGCCGAAUAAAGGUCAAUGGGAAAGAAGGCUACAAACAGAUAUUCAUAUGGCCAAACAAGCCUUAUCUGAGGCUUUGUCCCUUCAACAUAACCCUACAACCCUUGGUACUUUGCCUGAUCAGAUGAAACCCUCAUCAAGUUUUUCUCAUUCUCAUGAACAUCCACCAAACCUGAAUAUUCCAUCUCCAUAUGCAUCAAGCUAUGAAAACAUUUCUAGAUUGAUGGAAACUUGGAUGAAAUCACCUAACUCAUCAGCUGAAACGAAUUCCUCAUCAAUAUUCAGCAACAUGCAGGGAUCAAGUUGUAGUGAAGGAGCACAAAGCACAACACAAGAUCAUCAUGGCCUUAACUCAUCCAAAUCUGAUUAUGCUUCUCGAUUUAGGUCAUCUCAUGAAGGAAACAACAGCUUCAACUUGAACACAAAAGAGGGUCUCUUCUUCCACCAAGAGGAAAGGAUUAAUAUUAAAGCAAACAUGGAAACGCAUGUUCCUCUUACUUUGCUUGAAAAAUGGCUUUUUGAAGAUGGGGGAGCAAGUCAUGAGUGCCAUGAAGAGCUUAUAAACAUGUCAUUGGAGGGAACUACUUCAGAUUUCUUUUAGAAAUUCUAGCUCAACUCAAUCAACCUCUAGUUCUGAAUGUCAGGUUCGUUGUUGAGUCUGUUUUAGUGUGUGAAGACCUCUAAUUUAAAGACUAGAGAACUCUAGCAAAUGGAAUCGAUCAUAACAUCCUCUUAAUUACACUUACAAGCAAGAAAGAUGUGUACAUUAUGAGUACUUUUAUCCUAUUAAUUAGUCAUGCUAUGUAGUACCAAUUAAUAAUUAAUAGUUCAAUGUAUGUGUGUUUUAGAUAUUAAUUACUUUACCGUUUUGUGUUUAA